ACAGUCUUUGCCCCUGAAUAUUGUCAUGAUAACGUCAAUGACGGUCAACCCGUCUUCUCCAGUCCCCCCAUUGCCGGUAUAACGGUGUCCAUCAGGGAAGACGCUAUCCCGGGAUUUGUAGUGUACACAGUGAGCGCCACGGACACGGAGUAUUACGAACUUGAUACAAAAAUACCUGAGUUUGGAAUCAAUGGAGACAAGUUAGUCGUUACAGGAUAUCUGGAUUAUGAAGCAACAAGAACGUACACGUUAGUUUUUAGUGCCUACGAAUGUAUAUACGCUCUUCCAGUGAAGAGUAAUAUUACCAUCAACAUUGAGCCUGUUAAUGAAUUCUUUCCAAGAUUCACCAGGGAGGUUAUAUAUAAAGAUAUCAAUGAAAACGAGGUGCAAGAUCAUAACGUGACAGUUCUCACAGAUCUAAUCUGUACUGAUUGGGACCAAGGUCCAAAUCCGGGUUGUUCCCUGGCCAUUCAAGAUGGCGAUGAUCCCACUCAGAAGUUUAAAAUAUCCGGAACCAGAAUUCAGACAACCAACGCUGCAGUUGACUAUGAGUUGUUAUCGGGACAGGAUUUUCUAUAUUCACUCACUGUGAUUGGUGUGGAUAAUCCAAAAACAGAUCCGAGAAAGACUGGAACUGCCAAUGUAUUUGUAAAUAUCAACCCCAUUAAUGAUAACAGUCCAGCAUUCCUAGAUAGAAGUUAUUCCACACAGAUAAUGGAGAAUGCUAUACCUGGGACCGGGGUGUUAAAUACCUCUGCAGACGACAAAGAUCUAGGACUCCAUGGGGACCUGACAUUCAGUAUUACAGCGGGAAAUGAGGAUAACAGAUUUUAUAUAGACCCAAAAUCAGGUCAAAUAUCAACGCUUGCCCCCCUCGAUUUCGAAACUAAAUCAACCUACCAACUCACUAUCAGAGUUAGUGAUGGAGGGGGAAUCUAUGAUCAAGUUUUCGCCAAUAUUGGCGUCAUUAACGUUAAUGACGUCACUCCUGUGUGUUCAGCCUAUCAGAACGUCGUCGAAGUAGAUGAGACCAUACCCCCUGGGAGUAUUCUUAUGACAUUAACUUGUACUGAUCUGGACGGAGUCGCAGCCUUGACAUAUAACCUGCAAGACGACGUAGAUGGAACAUUUUCUAUCAAUCCUUCAGGAGAAAUUACCUUAACAAAAGCAUUGGACUAUGACCUUGGUAUAAGAUCAUAUCGUCUGACAGUUAUUGUAUCUGACGGUGUUCACAAUCUACUCGUCAAGCGACAUGUCAUUGUGAAACCUGUCAAUGAAUACCCACCAGAACUUCCACCUAGCGCCACGAUCCAAACAUCUGAAAAUGAUGCUACCGGAAGUGUGUUAUAUACAGCCACAGCAAAGGAUGCAGAUGUCUCUCGAGAUAAUCUGAACACGUUCUCAUUCUUUAUUGCAAGUGUCAGCAAUAACGGUGGGGACACAUUUUGGAUUGACACAAAUAAUGGCGACAUUGUGUUAGUGAAGAACCUAGACUUCGAAAAUGAACAGAAUUACGUCAUUACCUAUGCUGUUGAAGACGAUGGGAAUUUUAGAACUACAAGCACAUUGACAGUAUCAGUCCUGAAUGUUAACGACAACAUACCUAGGUGUACCCCUGAUGCCAUCAGUGUACAAAUUCCUGAAAAUACAGACACAUCCGUCCCUUCUUUGUACAAAUUAAUUUGUACUGACGAUGACGGGGAUUCUCUUCAAUAUGACGUCAUUUAUCAGAGACCAAAUGACGCUGCAUUUGACGUCAAUUCCUCAGGAAAGCUUUUGCUUGAAAAACCAUUAGAUUAUGAGACGAGAACAUUUUAUGAGAUUAAAAUUGGUGUAACUGAUGGCCUGUCUACAGCCACAGUUAAUAUGGCGGUGAAUGUCCUGGAUGUCAACGAAGGAGCCCCAGAGUUCACCAGCUCUGGUAUAUAUAACGGCACCUUACCUGAGACAUCUCGGAAAGGUGUAUUCAUCGCCCAGGUGUCGGCUACAGACGUGGAUAUCAGUAUUGUUACCUUCACAUUCAAAGACAAUAAUCAUGAGUUUAUAUUAGAUCCCUACAGUGGAGAGAUUUUUCUGAAUGGUCAGCUAGACAGGGAGAUUACGCCAAUGUACACGUUAUUAGUCCUGGCUUCAGAUGGAAUGCUUACAUCCACUGCUACGGUAUAUGUCAACGUAGAAGACGUCAACGAACCGCCCAAAUUUGUUAGAACUGCUUACAGGUUUACAAACGAUGAGAGAUCUCCAAAAGCCACCAUUGUUGGACAGGUGUCUGCAAGAGACAUUGAUAAAGAGGGUAAAUAUGGCCAGAUAACAUACGCCAUAGAAUCUGGAAAUAUCCAUUCCCACUUCACCAUUGACUCAAACGAUGGAACGAUAUCUGUAGCAGAGCCGACAGACUAUGAGGAGACUUCUUUAAUUGAGCUUGUGGUGUCCGUGACAGACAUGGGUGAACCUCCUUUAUUUGACAAGUGUACAGUGACAAUUACUAUUGUGGAUGUGAACGACAACCCACCGACCUUUCAGGUGUCGUCCCUGUCUAUCCCUGUGUCAGAAUCAGCCGCUAAAGGGACAUUGUUAACACAGGUGUCAGCAACAGAUUCAGACUCUCCACUUAACAACAACAACAGGUUCUCUUUCAGUGAAUUGUCUGUCACGCCUUUCAGUGUUCAUUCAUCUACCGGGAUUGUAACUGUAGAGGGACCUCUUGAUCGUGAGACAGAAGACAGAUAUCACAUGGAAAUCCUUGCAACCGAUGCUGGAUAUCCAGCACAAACAGGAACCUUAACUGUGAAUGUACACAUUGAAGAUAUCAACGACAAUACCCCCAAUAUAGUGGGCAAUUAUAACACAACAAUAUCUGAAGAUACACCUGUACAACACGUCGUGUACAAGAUAUCUGCGGAGGAUGAUGACUUAGAAGAGAACAGUAGGCUCCAUUAUUCCAUUGAAUCCGGGAAUUAUAAUUCUAACUUUAAAAUAGAACCAUACAGCGGCUAUGUACAGGUGGCAUCUACACUGGACCGUGAAACAAGGUCUCUCUAUCAUUUGGUUAUAAAAGUAUCAGACCAUGGACUACCACCAAGAUAUUCCACGUCAACUGCCACUAUCGCCAUUUCAGAUAUCAAUGACAAUUCACCAACCUUUAUACAGGCUUCAAGAGAAUACUUUGUAGAUGAGAACGUUCCUCUCUAUACAAGUGUUGGACGAUUGGAAGCAGUGGACGAUGACGAGGGGAUAAAUGCACAGUUGACAUUUAAAAUCAGCGCUUUCUUACAAGGAACACCCGGAAGUUUCCUUAUCAAUGAAACAUCUGGGGAACUUUUCACAAACAUGGUCCUGGAUCGUGAAGCAGAAUCUUUCUACCAGUUAAUGAUUUCAGUAUUAGACGGCGGAAGUCCUGCUCUGUCAUCUGAAAUUACAAUAAACAUAUACGUUAAUGACUUAAAUGAUAAUUACCCGAAUUUCCGUAAUACCUUUUAUUCUAAAACUAUUUCUGAAUCAACAGCAGUUGGAACAAAAAUUGUGACGACAGCUGCAGUCGACGUUGAUCUCGGUUUCUUUUCAGAAAUAACAUAUGAGCUCGAUUUGACUUCUCCCGAAGGUCUCCAAGCUGAUUUUUAUUUUACUGUUCAUCCUGUAUUUGGUGACGUAAUUCUGAAACGUUCACUUGACUUUGAAACUCACGAGGCCCUUUCCAUGAUAGUAGUAGCAAUGGAUGGCGAUACCCCGCCGAAAACUGCAACUGCGAAUGUUACGAUAUAUAUAACUGACGUCAAUGACAAUGCUCCAGAAUUUUUUCCGAUUUUUUACAACACAGAAGCCCCAGCUGCUGAGACCUGCGAUUUUGUUCUUGCCAGAUUAAGUGCUACAGAUAAAGAUAAAACAAACAAUGCAGAACUCUUUUAUGUUUUGGAUCCUGCCUAUGAACAGUCACCUUUCACUGUAAACACGGAUACAGGUGAAGUCAGGGCUCGAUACGAUCUCAACAGCUCUCAGUACAUCGUCAGAGUGAAUGCCCAAGAUAACGGCAAACCACGGCUGACGUCAUCAGUGAGUGCUACAGUCCGGAUAGACACUUUCCAGCCGGAAGUAAACGUCGUCUCUUUUACGUUAUCACUCAAUAAGGACCAAUAUCUGAAACAAGAGACUGAUUUCCUGCUGGAGGUUACAUUGUCGAUAAAUUCUAUUUACCCCACCCCCUACGUAAGGCGAUGGUGCCUCUAUGAUAUGGAAACUUACGUGGUCGUCCACCUGUACGCUGUUGAGAAUGAUCUGAGUGACUGGAUUUAUAAUCUCCAUCUCCCAAAACCAUUCCUGAAAACAAACGAAAUCCUAGAUUUAGUUAAUCCAUUUGGAACCAAUAAAGACAAAUGGAGCAGAUUUUAUGUUAAAGAAAUAGACGAGUAUUUUGUACCAAACAACAAAAUAGAAGAUCCGAAAGUGAUACCUGUCAGCAAAUCCAAAAGUACCAAGGUCAACGCACUAGCGAUUGCCCUACCCAUUCUAUUUUUAGCAUUGAUUGUGGCGGCUGUUCUAUUUUUUGUUGCAUGGAGGCGUAAAUGGUGUAGAAAAAGAGACAAAGAAGAAAAAGGAAAAAAGAAUUCCGAAAAUACGCCUUCGUCACCGAACACGCCUCGUAUUGUUUCUCCGACUGGAAUCAAAAUUAAUCCUGAAAAUGUUGGUGGCAGAAAUGGACAUGGUCCCUUCAUUAACGUCCCGGUGGAUGACAAUGCUGCUUUUGUUCACGAUGAAGAAAGUCACACGGAUGAACAGUCGUCCACACCAGGCUCUUUGUUCGACAAAAGAGGAGUCGAUCCAGUUACUGGCUGGGUCUAUGUUGAGAGCUCUAGAACCAAGGAACGAAGAUGGAUAAAAUUCCCGGAUAAAGACCCGCUCUUUAAGAAUAUCCAAUCCUCUUAUUUAUAAAUCUGGAUAGAGAAUACAACGCACGAGUGUUUUAGUGCCAUGCUCUAAACUAUUAUUUUAUCACAGUUUAUGUUCAGAAAUAUCCUAAAUGUGUUGUAAAUUAUAAUCAGAAGGGUUGUACUACGAAAGCACUUUUCUGAUUUGAAACCUAACAUAUUGUUUCAUAUAUAUGUGGAAAAAGACCCCCUUGGAAUUUCCUCAGUAAGAUGCCAAUUUGAUAUACAUUCUUCCCAUUAUAAUAAUUAAAACGACUAACAAUCCUGAAAUCCUUCUAGCGGAGGAGUCUUUUCACUUUUUUUUAAUUGCUUAAUUUUGUAUUGACAUGUAUUUUUUUCUCUAUAACAUCUUGGUAACGUAACAUUCUAUAUGUAUGCAAAGAAUAAAUGUUACACUGAUAACUCUAUAUAAUAGAAGAAUAUUUUUAUAAUUAUAUACCCGAAAAAAGUAUUCACAAAUAUAUUCUAAAUAUGGUGAUAAUAUAAUCUCGCUUGAUAAGUGGAUAAUUUGCUAACUUAUCUUUAAGUACACAAUCACCCGGCGCUGUCACCGUUUUGUCUCAUAGCGUUUGACAACGUCAUUGCUUCUCGUUGUCCGCUUCCUAUGCCUUAAUACACUUUUCUUGACGGGAUACCCUUGUGUUAAAUACUAAUUGAAACCAUUCUCGUUUAUAUGACCUUAAAAUUUCAUGAACUGCUGAUUUUAAAACACGGUAUU